AGCUAUGGGGUGAACAGUUUAAGUUAGCGUCUUUAUUAUAAAGCUAACUAUGAUUAAUAUGUUUGAGAUUCUAUACGCAACAAUUAUUCUAUCGAGCUAUAUCGACGCUAAGAUACUACAAGGGCAUCUUUUAACUUCUGAAAACUGGGCAUUUCUGACAAGAUUUUGCUUUUUAUCAGAAGAAGGAAAGUUCCACUAUAAUUUUUUAGUAGGUGGAAAAGAAAGUAACGUCAAUUUACUCCUAUAUUAUGACACAGCACAACAAUGGCCAAGUGUUUAUCCAUCUGAGAAAACAUGUUAUGAGAAACAAAGCAUUCUCAGCAGGAAAUAUGGCCAAAUUGUUACCCUAUCGAGUCGUAGUGAUCUGGCUAUCUCUUCAGGAUGUUCCAGGGUGAAUGAUAAUACUUCGGAUUUGUAUUGCACUAGUUCUCGAGAAUUUCGUUCAGCUCGUCCUAGAUGGUGGUUCAUUGUAUUGGCUGAUUGCUCUUCUCAGAAUGGUUUAAACGUCAGCUACUGGAUUUCUUUAACUAAUGGUUCACCAGGUAGUUUCUGGAGAGAACAUUUUUCAGCAGAUGAAUUUUGUAAGUGUACAGGGCCAUAUAUUAAUUGUGCCAUUAUCCCUAUUAGAUCAUAUUUUUCAGAUAUUCUACCUGAGUUACUGGCAGGCAUUGUGGUAUAUACAGUACUCUUGGUCCUGAGCUUCUAUGUAUCUUUACAGCUUCGAUCAAGGCGACUGUUCCACUUGUCUUACAAAAUAUUCAUAGCAUCGUUAUUAUGUCAAAUGUUAGGAUUAUCAUUAGAAACUUUGAGUUAUGUGAGUCGUGCUCUAACAGGUGUGGAUGCUCGCCAAUCUUCAUUAAUGGGCAAUCUCUUAGAGGCCUGUGCUGAAACUCUUUACACUGUCCUGAUGCUUUUACUGGCGCUUGGAUAUACUGUCACCAAGAGUAUUCUGACACCAGUAGAAACAAAACAGCUUGUCUGCUUCAUUUGCACUAGUGUGAUUUUUCAAUUGUCAUUAUUUAUAUAUCAGUCAGAGAUGUUCGACCCUGGAUUGGUCUUAUACAUUUACGAAUCUCCACCAGGAUAUGCACUAAUUGCCAUUAAAAUCAUUACCUGGAUGGUAUUUGUAGUUUGCUGCUAUAAAACCAGCAGAAAAACCACUACCAAGAUUCGCUUUUACAUAGCUCUACUGUCUAUGGGAUCAGGAUGGUUCCUUUGGAAUCCAUUAUUGGUACUGACCAUUACUAUAAUGGUAGAUAAAUGGAUAAGAGAGAGUGUGGUUAAGGGCUGUUCCCUUUGGAUGAUUUUGGUUGGCCAUGCGAUAUUCUUGUAUGUCACAAGGCCUGCAACAAAUAAUACUCGCUUUCCAUUCCACAUAAGAACAUGCCAAGUAAUGCCAAUUGCUGGUGAUGGUGAGAGUCACAGCUAUCAACCACGUACACAACCAGCAAUGACAUUGUUUACUGUGAUGCAUACAAAUUCUACACUUCCCAACACUUCUAACUGAGGUGGAGAUGAACUUUUUAUGGACAUAUUAUGUGUGCGCAAAAGAAACUUCUGUGCCUUGUUAUUUUAAAUACUGUAUUCUGUAUGGGAACAAUUUACAUUGAUCAAUAAUAACUUAUUUACACCGUUUUGACGAUUGGAAA